UCAGUUUAUUUUUCUUUUUCACAAAUAUAACAGGACCUUUGCAUUUUUCACAUCCAAAAUUUCCAUCAGGAAAUUUGCAUCCUUGGCAUAAAAAGUGUUUAGAAAACACCAUAAUAUCCACUUGACAGCACAAUGUUGUCUCCAUUAUGUUCAGCAUAAUGUCAUAACUUAAUCUCGAAUAUGAUAAAAGGGGAAAGUAGAUAUGUCUUAAGUGUAAUAUGUGUAUUAGGACACUUCAUUUAGCCUUAUGCUGCCUGAAUUCAAUCCUUGUUCUCCUCAGAGACUGUAUCCUAACGGGCAAGUAUUAUGUACACAUUUCUGCUUCUGUAAAAGAAAAUACAUAAUUGUAGUGAUUCAGAAAGGUAAUAAGUAAUGCAUCCUUGGUAUUUCAGUGUUUAGCUACAGGUGUUACCAUGAUGCAAGACACCUGAUAUCCUUGAAUAACUGACAGUUACUGUUUAGAACCAAUAUCAACAAUAGGAAGGAAACAAAAUUCUAAGAAAAAGACAGAUCACAAUUACAGAUCAUAAAACAGAGUAGGUGUGGCUUGGCUAACUGCAAGGGAUCACAUAUUUCAAAGUUUCCUAAGGACUUCAGCUUGGAAAAACCGCAGGUCGAGAGAGAGGGAGGGAGAAUGAGAGAGAGAGAUGGUAUAUUUUCUCUAGAAACAGAUAGACUUCAGUAGAGGCAAACUCAUUCAUCUACAGAACUUCAUAUUUUCAGAGUCAUACACAAAAACAGCAAGAAGCAAAAAAAUUUCAUAAGAUGUUGGGGAUUGUUGAGAUUUUUAUAGCUCUGGUAGCAUCUUUCCUGAUUUUACAGUUCCUGAAGCUGCAAUGGAUGUGCAGCCAGCUUCCUCCAGGACCAGUUCCUCUCCCUGUCAUUGGAAACUUGUGGCUGCUGGACUUCAAACUUCGCAGAGAAACUCUCGCCAAGUUAACCAACAUCUAUGGGAAUAUCUACACAGUGUGGAUGGGACAGACACCUGUUGUUAUACUGAACGGGUACAAAGCAGUAAAAGAGGGCAUAAUUACCCAUUCACAGGAGACUUCUGGAAGACCUCUCACCCCAUUCUACAGGGACAUGAUGGGCGAGAAAGGUAUUUUUCUGACAAGCAGGCACACCUGGAAGCAACAGAGACGCUUUGGCAUGAUGGUUAUAAGAAGCCUUGGACUUGGUAAGAACGAUUUGGAGCAUCAAAUUCAAACAGAGGCCCGUCACCUUCUGGACAUCUUUGCAAACACAAAAGGCGAGCCUUUUGACCCCCGCACGUUUAUUGUCCAUGCUAUUGCAAAUAUAAUUUGUGCUGUUGUUUUUGGACAUCGUUUCUCCAGUGAGGAUGAAUCUUUCAGCAAGCUUAUCAAAGCUAUUUAUUUUGUGAUCUACUUUCAAGCUACUAUCUGGGGCAGGAUGUACGAUGCUUUCCCAUGGCUUAUGCACUACUUCCCAGGACCGCAUCAGGAAGUGUUUGCAUUCAACGACUUCAUGCACAGUUUAGUGAUGAAUGAGGUCCAGACUCACGAGAGAGAGAAAGCAGGCAAUCCACAGGAUCUCAUUGACUUCUACCUAGCUCAAAUAGAAAAAACCAAAGAUGACCCCACCUCUACGUUUAAUAAAGACAACAUGGUUCAGACUGUGGUUGAUCUUUUGCUCGGAGGGACAGAAACAACAAGUACCACCCUUCUCUGGGCACUGCUCUAUAUGGUGAAAUACCCAGAAAUACAAGAAAGGGUUCAAAGAGAGAUAGAGGCUGCUCUGGAACCGUCCCAUCUCAUCAGUUAUGAAGACCGUAAAAAACUGCCAUAUACAAAUGCUGUGAUUCAUGAGACUUUGCGGUACAGCAACAUUACCUCUGUUGGGGUCCCUCGACAAUGUGUGAGGAAUACAACUUUGAUGGGCUUUCACAUUAAAAAGGGCACACUUGUGUUGCCAAAUCUGCACUCUGUUGUGUAUGACGCUGAGCACUGGGAAACCCCUUGGAAAUUCAACCCAAAUCAUUUCCUUGAUUUGGAUGGCAACUUUGUGAACAAAGAGGCCUUCUUACCUUUCUCAGCAGGGCACCGUGUAUGUUUGGGGGAACAGAUGGCACGAGUUGAACUCUUCAUCUUCUUUACCAACCUGCUUCGGGCGUUCACAUUCCAGCUCCCUGAGGGAGUAAAGGAAAUCAACAUGGAGUAUAUUUUGGGUGCAAUACUGCAGCCACAUCCAUAUCAACUGCGGGCUAUUCCACGUUAGUCUGCAACCUCCUGCAAAGCUGAGGGACUUUGACCAGUCAGUAACUGUAGUUACUUUAAGAACAAGUAUCUCAUUUAUAUUCAAAUUUAGGUAACUCAGUAUAGCAAAUCAAUAUAGAAGUAUUUUUAUUUAGGAGGUCUGAUUUCAUGCAGUUGAACUUUUUGAAAUUAAAAUAAGUUUACUUACGUAAGCUCAUAUAAUCAAGUCUUAGGUAUAUAUAAAUACUCGAUUACGUUACCAAAAAAAGGUAUUUACACACUCCCAGUAGCAGUGGAAUCAGACGUAGCAUUUUAGAGAAGCAACUUGUACCAAGCUUUCCCUGCAUGUGCGCUCAGUCACAUAUCACACUUUAAAUGGCACAACUGUUCUGAUGCAGCAAGGAUGCCUGAAAAAACAGUUUUGUUUCAGUAUUCUGUUAUUCCUCGUCAUUCACAGAAGGCCUUCUCUUACAUCCUUCUGCGGAAGAUACCAGGUUAUACAGACUAAGUUUUGGCUCUUCUUUUCCUUUCACACUCCCUGGAAGCACUGUAUCUUGUAGUAUAUAAGCUUCACAAACGCAUAAACCUAUGCGGAAUAGGAUCUCUCAUAACCAUAUUCAAUUUAGAAAUACUUACACCUUUUUUACAUUACUACUUCAGUACCUGUUCACUAUUUCAUCACGUCACGGAUCUAGGUGUCCUCAUGAACUUCCCUCCUUCUACUCAGGAACACCAUUAUAUCAUCCAAUAAUUUGCUAUUUGAAGGGAAAGUAACAGCCUUUCAAGAAAUGAAGAAAAUAAUGAAGAUGGCAAUAUUUGUUAAAGCAAGCACAGUAGAUAUUCAUUACCCACAGGAGCUUUUCUUUCAUUGUCCCAUACUUCCACAACAGGUGUGGAAAGUUUUGACGACUUAAAAUGCAGCCACGAGCAUCCUAGGUGCUUUCAGUUUUCAAGGUUCAGUAGGGACAAGCAUAAAUUACGCUAGAAUG